CCAAUCUCGUGCACCACGCUCAUUCUGAACGACUGCACACUGCCAGUGUAGAAGGUAAAGCGAAUAGGCGCUGCCAAUGAGUUCGUGGUGAAAAGCAGAGGAAAACGUGUUGAAGCAAGCCUAUCAUGCAAAGUGCAAAACAUAUCGACUAUAUUAGCGAACGUUAGUUCUGUUAUAGUCUACUACAGCGUUAGCUGCAGCAAAUUAAUCGUUAGUUGUCGGCCGUUAUAGCAAGCUAUCUGACGUUAUACACGACAUAUCAACCAGCCAGACAAGUAUUCUAGCUUGUUAAUGCACUGAUAUGGCAAACAUUGAUUUUGCAGGAAUAUUCAUUCUACUAUGUUUGGUUAUUACCGAAUUUUCUUGAAUAGUCGAACUCUUGUGUAUUUUUUUUAUUUCAAAUAAUUUGGUUCAUCAUUUAUCAACACUGUAAUUGAAGAAGUGGAAUUAAUAGUAGGUGGUUUCAAUCCUGAUUACUCCCCGGUCAUAGUCUUGGAAGUUUUAAGAUAUGUCCGUUAUUGCAAAUUCCUUGCUAUCGAUAGCCAGUUAACGUUUACAGAAGGCGGACAAUUUUGGCCGAAUGCCUUUUACUCGAUAGCCUAUGGAGCAAGUCCAGUGAACUAGCCGACUAGCUUAGUAAGUUAGCUAAUGUGGGAAAUAUUAAUGUUCGAGAUAGACUGUUAAAGUUAGCGUGAUUGUCUUGGAAGAUAGCUGGAUGCUGUACCUAGUCUCUUUUGCUGUGUGUAUUAUUACUGUUAGCAAGCGACUUAUGUAACCCGAUAGCAGUGACAGAACAUCUAAAACAUUCGAAACGUUGAGAUAUUUGCUAAGAUUUGCAUCCAUCUGCACACGAUUUGAUGUCGACCAGCAAAAAAACGAAUACUAUUUAAAUAGUAAAGUUAGUGCUGUGAUCGCUGAGAAACUGUGAAGAAAAACAGCGUUAGUUUUUGUUAGCUUGGCUGACAGAUCGCAAGCAGGAUGGAUGUUAUUGAUCCUGCGGAGCGGUGGGGCGCAUUGGCCAGCAAAGACGAAAACUCCCGAGAUCUGGCGAUGGAAACAAUAAGGCAAGAAGUGAUGAGGUGCGUCGAAAACAUAGGGCCAAUCGGAGAGGUAUCCUCGCCUCCCGCCUCCGCGGCCGUCUCUCAGUUUGAGCUGAACGCCGUGCUGGCCCGUCUGCUGAUGUUGUCCAAGAGAUGUCCCUACGCUGACGUCAGAGAGAAAUGCGCCUGGGUGCUGCAGAACGUCCAGGAAAUCGGAGUGAGGAUCCCAAGACCUAUAGGAAGUGGACCAAGCAGAUUUAUCCCAGAGAAAGAGAUACUCCAGGUUAGCAAAGUGGAUGCUAGGACGCAGUCGAUAUUUCAGGACGCGUUUUCCACGAUGGGACGCCUCGACAACAUCUCCUUGGUGAUGGGCUUCCACCCCCGCUACCUGGAGAGCUUCCUGCGGACGCAGCAUUACCUGCUCCAGAUGGACGGCCCCCUCUCUCUGCAGUAUCGUCACUACAUCGGCAUAAUGGCUGCAGCCCGGCACCAGUGUUCCUACCUGGUCAACCUGCAUGUCAGCGGCUUCCUGCACGUGGGGGGGGACCCCAAAUGGCUGAACGGCCUGGAGGGGGCCCCGCAGAAGCUCCAGAACCUGGGGGAGCUCAACAAAAUCCUGGCUCACCGCCCGUGGCUGGUGACCAAAGCGCACAUAGAGCACCUGCUGAAGACUGAGGAGCACAGCUGGUCGUUGGCCGAGCUGAUCCACGCGGUGGUGCUGCUCACACACUACCACUCCCUGGCGUCCUACGCCUUCGGCUGCGGGAUCACCCCCGAGAUCCACUGCGACGGGGGCCACACCUUCCGCCCCCCCUCCGUCAGCGGCUACUGCGCGUGCGACAUCGCCAACGGCAACGGGGCCAUGGUGGAGAUGCACUGCAACCAUCAGGGGACGGAGGCGUCGUGCGAGGUGGAGGUGCUGAUGGAGAAGAUGAAGCAGCUGCAGGAGUGCCGAGACGAGGAGGAGGCCACGCAGGAGGAGAUGACCACGCGCUUCGAGCGGGAGAAGACGGAGAGCAUGCUGGUGGGCGCCGCAGAGGACGAAGAGAUGGUGCCCUCGAGAGACGUUUCCCGCCAUUUUGAGGACCCCAGUUACGGCUACAAGGACUUCUCCAGACGAGGGGAGCACGUGCCCACCUUCAGAGUCCAGGACUACAGCUGGGAGGAUCAUGGGUACUCCUUGGUCAACCGCCUGUACCCAGACGUGGGGCAGCUACUGGAUGAGAAGUUCCAGAUGGCUUACAACCUGACAUACAACACCAUGGCGACGCACAAAGACGUGGACACCUCCACUCUGCGGCGGGCUAUCUGGAACUACAUACACUGCAUGUUUGGCAUCAGAUAUGAUGACUAUGACUACGGGGAGAUAAACCAGCUGCUGGAUCGCAACUUCAAAGUAUAUAUCAAGACGGUGGUCUGCAGUCCGGAGAAGAUCACCAAAAGAAUGUAUGAAAGCUUCUGGAGACAAUUUCAGCACUCCGAAAAGGUCCACGUAAAUUUGCUUCUUAUGGAAGCGCGGAUGCAGGCUGAACUGCUGUAUGCUCUGAGAGCCAUAACUCGCUAUAUGACAUGAAGUGAUUUUUCGUAUUUGUUUUUUGUCCUUUUGUUGUUAUCCGUUUUUUUUCCAUUAUUUCUUUGUGUGUGCUCUCGUGGACAUUUCAAAGAAGCCUGAAUGUGACGUCAAUACUUUCACGACGGACGGCGAAAGAAAAAAAAAAAAAACAAAAGACGAAAAAACAACAAAAAAGUCAUUUGAACCUACAGCUGGACAAACUGACUUGAUGGGGCUGCUCCAAUUGUGCCAAAACCCCCCCCCCCCUCCUCAGCAUCAGGGGGGCGCGCCUCGGCCCGAAGUCCACCCACGGCUCGUCGCCUGAAGUACGGGAAGCUGAAGGCUAGCGUACGCCGUUCCUGCGCAGCGGCGCUCGCGCGCGCGUGUGCGUGUGAACCUGCCGCGGCGUCCGCGCCAGCGCGCUAGGCUAGGCUAGGCUACGCUACGAUGUUUAGUCUCUUUAUUCGUAUUAAAAACAGUGUGACGCGGUGGCAGCUGAGACUGAGAGGCGCUACCUGGCUGCGCGGCGCGUGCCUGACAUAGCGCGCGGCCGGUAACGAGACGGGAGGAGAGAGAGAGAGAGAGAGAGAGGGACUCUGGGACGGGAUGCUGCCAUGCCCCCCUCCUCCUCCCCCCCCCCAAAAAAAGCACAGCUGCUCAUGCUAAGCUAAGCUAACACAAGAGUGUAAAAACUGUCUGAGCCUACCCCGGUGGUUUACUCCUGAGAAACCACCCGCCCCCCUCCCCCUCUUGUUUUUUUUUUUUUUGAGUCUACAUUGUGAUCCAGUUUAUAUUUGACCUUUGUAGCCUUUGGAAUUUCAAACGCAAAACACUUUUUGCGGAGGAAGACUGCUUCUGCUGUAGAACGACAAACAACAAACUUUUUUUUUUUUUGUUUGUUCUGUUAUAUUUUGUUCUUUUUUGACACAAAGCUUUAGUCCUGUUAAACAGUCUUCCUGCGUAAGCGCUUCCCUCCUUCGUCCUUAUCCUCACUUGUCUUCCAUACGAGGGGGGGGGGGGGGAGUGUGGGAUGUGGGGGGGCAUCUAACAUUUUCAGUUUUGCAUUUGAAUAUAAAUACCUCUGCGUGUGCUCGUCCUGAGCACUGUUCUUCACCCUUCAGCACCCUGCCCACCCCCCCUCAAAGAUGCAAGCGAGGGGGGCGGGAGCAGGGGGGGGGGGGUCGCUGUUCCUUAUCUGCAUAGCUGCAGACAGGGGAUAACGUGCUAGUUAUUACUGUUGAAAUGUAACCAGUAUAUGCUGUUUGUUAUUGUCUUGUUUACUUCACCCGGUAAAUUACUGGAUUCAGACGAAGGUUGAAAUGGUUGGAUGGAAAAAUCCAAGAGGAGGAGGAACGUGGAGAGAAGGUACAUUUUUAUCAGAAGGCUUUGUAUGGAGCGUUGAGGUUUUCACAGAGGAUGGUGUCAGUUACUGGCGUUUUUAUAAAGAAUAAUAAAGUGUUUUCAUAUUUGG